AUGUCUAGGGCCAAAGAAAUACAGGAAAAGCUGGACUUGCAAGCAAAAUUGCAACUUUCCUUCAGUAAUAAUACUUCAAAGGUUUUAGGAUGGCUAAAUGAUUCAGAGAAAGAAGUUGGAAAUGGUGCUGCUAAGGCUAACAAUAAUGUGGUGAUUGAUAGUGAUAGAAACCUAUUUUAUCAUUUACCUGUAGUACAAACUGGAUCUGGUUUGAAUCUGAAUUUGAAUUCUGAAGAUAAUGAAGAAAAUGCUAAUGAUAUUAAUACAGUAGGUGAUUUUAUCAAUAGUGAUAAGAAGGUUAGCACAUUAUCUAAACAAAAGAGGAAAUUAGAUGGUAUAUCUGAGAGAAGGAGCAUAUAUAGGGUUGCCAAAGAUGAUACCAAAGCGAUGAUUUCAUUAAAAAGGAAGAUGAGACAAGGACAGAUACAACAAAAACGUCAAUCAGACUUGAAUGGAACUAUUGGUAAACCAGGUAAUAAGGUACAGCAAUUAAAGGGAAAGCAGGUGCUGCAGGUAACUGCAGAUGAAGAGAGUAGUGACGAUGAUGAACCACUAACAAAAAAAACUACCAAGAAGACGUUUGGUUUGUUAUUCAGCGGUAGUAAAAAGGGUAAAAAAUAA